CCAAACGAUCGUAAUGAAGAUAACACGCCGCGGAUUGUGAAAAAUUAAAAAAUUAUGAACGAGGUUGCUUGACUGCGUGUCACGUUUGUUCUUUGGCGGAAUAAUAAAACGCGUUAGUUUAUUUUGUUUACCCUUAGUGGCUUGUUUAUAUUGUCCGAAGUGCAUUUUAUAAAAUAUAAGUGGUUUGUGAAAAGUUUGUGAAUAGGUGGUCACUGUGUUUUGUGUAAAUCAACUUUCGUAGGUACUGUGCGACCGUGAAGGUUGAGAAUGUUACGUCAUUUUAACACUAGUGGUGUCUGAUAGGAACAUAUUUGUUUUUUCAAAAAUAGUACCAAGUGUGGAUUUUACAACGAGCAAAUUUGCAAUAGCCGAAAAUUUAUUUUUGCGAAGAGUACGUGAAAAAAUAAGAAAUAGCCACGGAGGGUCAGGAUACGGCGCUGAAUGGCGCCUAUCGCAUCCAUGCCACAUUUAUGCAAUUCCUGCCCGGGGAAAAUGCAAGACUCGAAUCCUGUGACCUCCAACUGGGAGACACAUGGAGGGGGACGCAAGACAAGAUGAGCGUGACCUCGCCGGGUAAGAAGAUAAGAAAAAAGUCAUCAGACAAUAAAUCUCAACAAAACAAGUGUGAAAACGAGAAGAUACGCCGUGAGCACGAAAACGAAGUGAUAAACCAACUCGAAGAGCUGCUCGGGUCUUGUAUAGCGGACGUGAAGCAGCCGGACAAGAACGGGAUAGUCCGCGUAGCCACGCGGCUGAUCGAGGACGUCCUAGAACAGCGGAGGGGCUGCCCUGGGGAGUGCCCCAUCAGCAUAGCUGAUUGCCUCUCGCCGGACCCAUCGGAGGGAGUGCCCGAGCAUCUAAUUGACCAGAGCGAACUUUUAACUGAACCUGAGUUCCAAUAUUCCAAGUUCAGCACUCUUAUUGAGGCAAUCAAUCAUUACUCUCACUUUCUGGGUAUAGUAUUAAUGGAACUUAACCCGAAAGGCGAAAUUGAGUGUGUCUCUGAAAAUAUAAAAGAUCUCGUCCUCGUGGAGAGAACAGAGUUGUACAAGAAAUCGAUAUUCUCUAUCCUGCACGCCGCAGACCAUGCGAAUUUGAAACCCUUGCUGAGGAGAGCACAAAACAUCGCCUGGAAUUCUACAGAACCGGAAAAGUUCAAGUAUCUCCAAGCUCGCCUACUCAUACAUGACUCAAAUGAUACUCCUAAGUUUGCAGACACAGUGAUCCACGCUGCGCCAGUACGCCCCGCGUCGGCGGAGGAGGCCGGCUCCGUCAUGUGCGUCAUUCGGCGCUGUGAGCCGGCCCCCCCCUCCAACGAGCGCGGACCCGUCAUCAUCUUCCGCUUGGAAAGCAACCUUGACAUCCGAUCUUGCGAUUUGACGGGUGUAGAAAACUGUAUAAACACUUCCUCUAUUUCUCUUGCGGGGACCAAUUACUUGGAUUGUAUCGACCGCGAGGAUCGGUCGCGCAUAGCGUCUAACAUUCAAGAGGUGAUCAGUGACGGCCUACUGGUCGCCAGUGACACAUUCGGCUUACAACUCGGGAAAGGCGGUCCUCGGUUUCGCGUCAAAGCGAAGACCCGAUUUUUCCCGGCGAUCGGCGAGCCGGACUUCAUCAUGUCCACGAACACCCUGGUCACCGACGAGGAGGAGAUGCUGGAGGCGGGAGGGUCCCACGGAGGCCCUCUGAUGACGUCCGUCGCCAACGGCGAGUCCUCCAGUUCGGAGCAGCGGUACCACUCCCCCGGGAACAGUCCGAUUCCCCCCGAGCAUCAGUACACCAUAAACGUGUUCGAUCUCGACGAGCCCUGGCCCCCGAGCUUUCCGAUGAGCGAGAUGGACACCGAGGAGGCGAAGGAGCGCAAGGAGAGCGGCAACGAAGACGCGGCCUCGCCGCUCACGUCGCCCCCGGACGUGAAGCCGCCCACGCCCGCGGACGUCAAGCCGCCCACGCCCGCGCACGAGGAGCCCAACCGCCUGCGGACGCUCCUCAGCAAGAAGACUGGGCCCAACGCCGCGGACGUCAAUUCGAAUAACCGCAUCCUCAAGGACUUGCUCAAGCAAGAGGACGAGGAGGCGACGGGCAGCGAGACGUCGGCGCCGCACACGCCGCUGACGCCGCACACGCCGCACACUCCGCACACGCCGCACACGCCGCUCACGCCCGGCUCCGCGCUGUCGCCGCUCUACUCGGCGCAGGCGCACGCGCGCUCCGGCCCGCAGAACAACCAACUGCUCAGGAUAUUGAACGAUAAGUCCGACGAGGACGGGGAAGAGAGCAGAAGGAACUCGUCGGACAACGGGCGCGGGUCGGCGCAGACUAGCGUGCUGUCGCAACUGCUGUCCAACACCAACGGGCCUGCCAGCAACGGGCGCUCGCAGGAGGCCGGCGACAUGUAUCUGGACAGGAUCGCUGGCAUGAAACGAAAGUUCGAAGAGUCCAAAGCUUCACCAAAUAACACUAAACGAGCUACGCCUGAAAAUCAGCAGCAGGUGUCGUCCAGCGCCGCUAGCGCCAGCAUGGCUACAUCGAUAGCGAUGUCGAGCACGGCCACCAGCAGCGGCAUGAGCCAGCUGUGCCAGAAGAAUCAGAUCCUCGUAUCGCUGCUCGCCAAGCAGCAGACCACGCCGCCCACUCCGCUGCCGUUACCCAACCCCAUCAUGCGGUACCCGACGCGCGCGCGUCCGCCGCAGCCGCAGCCGCAACACGCGCAGCCGCAACCGCAACCGCAGCCGCACGGCCUGCCGCACCAACACCACCAGCUGCAGCAGUUGCACUCCUUCCAUCACGCGCUCUCUAACAUCAGUAACCGUGGCAGCAACAUGAACGGCGGGGCCGGGCCCGUGUCGUCGGCGUCGAGCGCGGACUGCACCAGCAUGCAGGCGCAGACGUCACAGGCGGGCCUGGGGCAGAGCCACCUGCAGAUGGUGCUGCAGGGCGGCUCCCGGCCCACCUACCCCGCCGCGCCGCCGCUCUACGCCACAGCCAGCACCCACCACACCUACAACAAUCAAAGCGGCAACCCGCGGCCGAGCGGCGGGGGCGGCGACAGCGAGGUGCCGAGCGACCAGGCGCUGUCGGACAUCCUGGACGAGGUCAUCGAGAGCAUGCCGUACGCCGACCGGCCCGCGCCCGACGUCAGCGUGCUCAUGGACUUGGAGACCAACCGACAGCUGCUGCGCUCCGACUAUGUUGGCGCCAAAGAGAAGAAUGCUGCUAUAAAUGCCAUAACGCAGAGUCUAAUGCAGUGCGAGACUGCUACCAAAAGUCCUGUGGCUUCGAGCCCUGGCGCGCCGCCUGUCUAUCCCGUUCAAAGUAUAGGGACGUGCACAAUGAGCGGCGGCAGCGUUGGCGGCUCGAUGUACAGCAUGGUGGCGCGCAGCGAGCAGGAGACGGCGCGCGCGCGGGCCAUCGCCGAGCAGCGCGUGCGGCUGCUGCAGAUGCAGCGGCAGCAGCAGCUUCUCGUGUCCCCCGAGGCGGCCGAGCAACCGCAGACGGAUCUCGGCUCAACGAUCAAUGCUUUGGUUACCGAGACUCCGCCUAACGUGGCCCUCACGCGGACGGACUUCCAUCAUCUCUAUCACCCGACGAAUCAAAUGGGUUCAAAUUAUGGUACAAAUAAAAUUCAGCCACCUCAACAAAAUCCGAUGCUCAGUCGGCAAAUUUGUGGCGGAGGAGCUAGUGGCGCCGGCGGUUACGGGGCGGCCCUCCACACGCCGGUGGCGCCGCAGCCGUACCACCGCGCGCCGCGCCCGCACCACGUGGGCGGCUACUAUGACGAGGGCGAGGCGGGCGCGGGCGCGUACUGCGGCGAGUUCGCGCGUCGCGUGCCGCACCCGCCGCACGCGACGCAUCCGCCGCACCCGCCGCAUCCGCCGCAUCCACCGCAUCCGCCGCACACCCCGCAUCCCCCGCAUACCCCGCAUCCUUCGCCGCACAACCAUCAGCUCUCAUGUGGCGUGGGCGGUGUUAGUGGCGUGGCGGGCGGCGGCGCGGCGGGCGCGGUGGGCGGCGGCACGUCGGAGUACGUGCGCAACGAGCUGCGUGCCGUCGUGGGCGCGCGCUCGGCCCGCCCCGACAUGCACACUCUUCACGCGCCUGACCUCGACCCCUUGCUCAACUUCGACAUGUCCGCGCCUGGUGGCGGCGCUGUGGUGGGGGGCCGCGGCGCGUGCGCGCCGACGCACUGGGAGUCGCGACAGAGCACGCCGAGUACUACGGAGGAGGGCUCGGCGGGGGCGGCGGGCGGUGAUGAGACGGGCGCGGCGGGGGUCGCGGGGGCGGCGGGGGCGACUGGCGCGCCCGCUAAAGCCUCGCUGCUGCAGAAGCUGCUGUCGCAGUGACCGCGGCCCGGGUCCCACUUUGCAUUUAUCCCGCCCGAGGCCCGAGGCCCGCCCGGCUGCGGGCUCGCGAGCGCUACCUCUGCGGCUGUAAACCUCACUCGCUCCGUGAGUGAAGUAGUACACGUAUUUAUAUAGCGUCUCUAUGUGGAUAGUAGUACGAUAGUCUAGUAGUGCUAGUGAUAUUUUCGUGUAAUGAAGAUCGGCGGCCGAUCGUAUGUAUCCCUUGGGUUCUUUGAGAACUCUGUUUAUCAUACGAGUCGUAGAUAUAUGUAUCUAUGUAUAGUUUUAACGAGGUCCGAGGAACGACGGUAGCUUCCUGCGAGGGAAUAAAAAAAUAUGUGAUUCGCUAUAUGAUUGGCGCGAUACGCCUAGUUUACAUACGUUAUAUACAAUAGAGACAUACCACGUGCAAUAUUGUAUAGAAAAUAAACACUUUUUUUUGGCGUUGUGAACGUUCUGUAUUAUAGUGUGAAAGUCAGAUGUUACCUGUUAUGACAAAGUUAAGUUGUACUGUAGUAUUGUAUGGGGGCGUAUGUAUCGAUAACCCGAUACUGCACAUCACUAGUUAGCAGGUCAUAUUUUGAGAUACCUGCUAAGAAUUUUAAAUGUAUCGAUAUUAUUACAAAAAUAAUAUCUUGUUUGUUUUCACAUUUUAAUUAAUAAAUAUUCAAUAUUCCGAUUUAAUUUUUAUGUAAAUCAUUAAAAAGAACAAUAUUUGACUUGAAAUUUCUAAAAAUAGUUUUCUAUCAUAUAAAUUGAGAUGUUUGGCGUCGGGUUAUUAAAUAUGUAAAUGUAUAAAGUGUUGUUAAAUUAUAGCAAUUAUUGCUUUUGUGUAAAUAUUUUGUUAACACUAUUUUUGUGUUUCUUUUAUGGUAUAUUAAUUUUUCUUGUAAUAUUAAAAACCAUUUAUUGAUUUUAUUAAAGUUUUUUUUAUAACUACUUUAAUUUUACAAAAUAUUUUUAUCUUUAUUUUAUUCGCCUGUAUACCUAGUUAUUUUACUUCUUUUGAUGAUUCGAUUCUAUGUUUGGAAACUAUUUUAGGCAAGUCGUUCUAUGCGAACGAUUUAAGCCUAAAAGUCAGUGUUAAGAUGUGCCCUUAUGAUACUUGCUUGUUGAUUGGAACGAGAUAAUAUACUUAUCAAUAUUUUCAAAAUCUUCGUCUAUUUCUUGUUUUAGAAACUUUCAUGAUUAAUGUUUUUCAUAUAUACUUGAAAUACUCAAUUCAAUAUCAAUUCGAACAAAAUUAAUUUAAUAUUUUUGAUGUUGUUGGCUAAAGGUUUGAUUGUUUUUGUGAUUUACACAACCAAUUAAAUCAUAGACAAGUACGAAAUUGAGCGAUCAAAGCCAGCAAAUCUUCGAAAAUGUAGCUUUUCUAUUUGUAUUAAUGGACAAUAACAUUUAAUUAUAUUAAAACCUGUUGUCCUUAGUAAACGUUGGGAAUGCUAAGGGUUUGAGAACACUGAAUCUUCAUUGUGUCGUAUAUGGAUAUUGUUUAAGGAGACCUAAUAGUACCCUUAUAAACAUUUUUAGCUAACGACUACAAUAAUUUCCAUGUUUUGUUCUAUUUUCGUUAUUUCAUUAUUAUCAAUGUGAUAUUAUGUAAACAUUAUUAAUAUUUUUAAUUAUUUAAAGUUUGUUUUGUACUAUAUUUUGUUCGUCUAUAAUAACUUUGUUUGGAGUACGAGAGAAAGUUCUGUAGACGGUAAUCAUGUAGGUGUAUGUUUCGUUAAUAGAUGUCGCAAUUUAUAAUAUGUAUGCUCAAUUGAUGUGAAUUAAAUAUUGAAUGAAAUGUUACAUUGUAAUGUAUGACUCGCAAAAUUUUUAAGGUUUACAGUUUAUUAAAUUAAUGUUAAAAAAAAAAUGCAACGAUUGGUGUCGAUAGGUUGGACCCCAUAAGGGUUAAUUAAUUAAGCGGAUUGCUAAUGUGUUGAGAGAUGGUUGCGCUUUCUACAAGGAGGCAGAGAAUGAUUUUCAUUUUAUUUAGUGUUUUGUAAACAAGAUAUUGACAUUCAUGUUUGAUUUAUAAACGGGUUUCUCAAAGAAAUGAAAAUGAAAUGCAGAGAACUGUCGGCUUUUCAGCUUAAAGUCGGCUGCUCUGAACUGUUAGCUUACGUGUAUAGUUAUUAAGAUUCAAUGCCCGUCAGGUCUGACACUGCCGGUGCUUGUCUUUCUUCCGUUUAUACCCUUUGUAUACACCGUCGACUAAAUGUAAGUGAAACUUAAAAAAAAAAAACUGUUGUCGAAUGUUGCGACGCGCGUAAAAAUAAGUUGUAAUUAAUAUUUUUAUACUAUAGUGCGAAGCUAGAUGUUUUUGAUGACUUACGGUAGACACACAUUGACGACGAGCUACCCCACGCUGCGUUGAAUUUGUUCUGUGUGCAAGAUGCCUAGAAACAUUGGAAAGCGAUGCGUAAAGCACCAUGACUAGAACAAUCAUGAUAACUUUAUUGACCAUGUAGGCUUUGCAUAUAUUUCUGGUUCUGGUUCUUGACAAUAUUUCCCUUCGGAUCCAAUGUCACUCUAUAAGCUGAAAUUCUUCAAAGACGGAGAGUCCCCCUCCUUCCUGUAAGAGAACGUUCGACAUACUUCUCACUUGGUAUGGCGUUUGUGCGCUCGCUCCACUCGCCAAUGAUGCUGUAUAAUCAUUUGCAAUAAAGAUUUUAAAGUGCGGCGAUCGUUUCUAAAGCUCUGCCUCUGCAUUCUGUAGAGUUACAGCGCUGUCGCAUCGUUCGUUUCCAUAGCAACUUCGUUGUUAGUGACAUUUUAAUUUUGGCAUCCCAUAAAGUUCAAAUACACGAACCGCGGCGUGGGGUGGCCUAACGUCGGUCACGAUCUUAAAUGUGUUGCUACUUUAUAAUACUUGUCCAAUUUAUAAGUAUAUUUCAGCGAAAAUUUGUGAGAAUGAACGAGAUGUGUAGCGUUUUUGUAAGUAGAAUAAUGCGCAAUGCCAGUUGCCACACUUUACCUUACAAAAACGACAUUCGUUAAUAAAUGUCUCCACUUUAUGUGUACUGUAAGCAUAAAUAAAUACCACAAAGUGAACGGAUCGAUUUCGAACAAAAACAUUUAUAAAAGCACAAUUGGAUUAAAAGUAUUUUUUCUUAAUCAGUGUUUGGGAGAACGUGUGGUAUUUGCCAUUAGUUUUGCAGCAGUAUGAAUGUGUUACUAUAAUCUCAAUUUAUAAAUUAGGCGUUAAGGUAAUUUCUGUGGUCUCGAUUCGGCGUUUUUUCGAAAAAAAUAUUAAUAACCUCAAUGUUAUGCGUCAUUUAACUUGUAGCUUUGUAUAACUUUGUGCACCAAUAUUGGUAUGUAAAUGCAAAACCAAUAUCACUUUGCGAAUAACUUAUUCGAGUAAAAUCAUUCAUUAAAUUACGAAAACUUUGACAAUUUUCAAUUUAUCUGGUACGUCUCUCUUUCACAAGGUCAAAAUUAUGAUAAUAACUAUUGUUUCUUUUGUAACUUUAUUCAGUAUAAUUCAAUGAAACUUUGUGAAAGAGACUUUUAAAUCGCACAAUACGAUGUUUAAAUUAUAUGUGUUAAAUUUAAAAUAGUAUUAACAUAUGACCGUGUGUGUGAGGAUGUGUGAUUUGAUCAUACGUAGUAUAAGUAACUCAUCGAAUAGACCUGUUGCUUUCGGGACCACAAAGCAUUGAAGUUUACCGACACCCUGUUGAAUAUUUAUAAAGACGUUAAACGAUCGCCUAUUGUAAUGAUCCAGUAUCAUAAUGUCCAUUCAUAUAUGGUAUGCGUCGAUCUCCUAUUAAAAAGUGGAUGCACAAUCAGCGACCAAAAAAUUACCAAACUUAAUGAGUGCCAAACACAACUUCUUGGCACUCAAUUCAAGUAGUCGCAUUUGCAAAUUCAACCUUAAACUCAAUGCUUAAGGUUAAAUUUGCUCUGAAUUUCGUAUUGUAUUUAAUAUUCAACUAUAUUUGAAGCCCUUUAGGUAUAAUUUUCUUUACCAAUAUUUCUUAAACUGUCAAACAAAAUUGGUCAGUUUUUAAGUGAAAUUUUCUACAUGAUUGUGCAUCCUUUUAUUAUAAGAGGUCAAUGAUAGUAUGUGAUAAAAACUGCUGUUUUAAAAUAGUAUUGUAGACAGUUCUUCGUUACAUCUUCAACAAGAAUAGCGCAUAGCUUACUUAGUGUCUAUUGAUUCAUACUUUGUCGUAGAUGACAUGAGUUGCAAAUAUUUAAAUUCUCGAUUCAGUUUAUUUAGAACAAGUUGCACAACUCGACAUAUCCAGUUCCUUCAUUAAUAACUUUAAAUUGAUUGAUUCAUUAAACUUUCUAUUCCUCUGUGAUUUUAUCAUGAGGAGGUUUUACUCGUCAUAGUAUCCAAUUUCCAAACCCACAAAAACAUGAGCAGUGUCGAGAUUUUCAAACUCUAACUAAGGAUACUGUUAAUUAAGUAUCUUUGUUUAUAAAUUGGCUUGUAAAAGUUGAAUAAGGGCAAUUACUUAAGUUUUGUGUUCGGUACUUAACAACCAUUCACUGUUUCCCUAAGCCCGACGCGCAAUAUUCACAUUUUCACAAUUUCCUACUUCUUCGUUGAUUAAUUAUUUAUUAUGAACAAUAAUUCGUCUCAUUUGGGACAGAUCUCUGUGGAAGUAAUGUUUCGACGUGCAAUUUACCGAAGCGUAUAAACAACAUUAUCCAUCUACAUCAAAAUGAUAUAGAUACCAACCUUAGACAUAGCGUGUAAAUGUAUAUUGUGAUGUUAUAAUAACCUACCUAAACAACGUACAAAUAAUAAAGUAGGGUGUACCCGUAAAAUUAUAAAUAAUGCAAAUUCAAACGGUUUAAAGAGUUAUAUUAAUAUUUUUAUACCCUAAAGAUGCACAACUGAUGACUAGACAACUGACCAAUGCGAUCGAUCAACUCGUCAAUAUGAAACCAUCGUUAAUAGUGAGAUGAAGCUUUACAAUAUCCGACAAAGACUAGCGAUACAACACUUCAUUCCAUUUAGGAGGUUACGAAGGGACGAGCGGCGCCGACUCCGAGCGAAUACCGAUUCCGUAAAGUACAACAGAUGGCCUUGUUAGGUACACGACAACGUAAAACACAUAGGGUUCAUUUACACGAGCUGCAACUCUACCGACGACCGCAGUCGACGUCUCGGUGGCUGGCAACGGCGUCGCCGACUGCAGUCGACACCCGAUGGCUGCCGCCGAGACGUCGCUGACUGCAGUCGUCGGUAGCAGCUGCCGCUCGUGUAAACGAACACAUAGUUGACAAUUAGUGAUGUUUAGUAUCUUAUUGAAAAUAUUGGAAGCAUAUUUAUUGGAUUGUUAGAUUGGAGAGCAUUUAAUGCCGUCACAUAGUUUUUGAAGUCCCCACGUGGACGAGAUGUACCCGAAGAAGGCUAUAUUUUUUACAGUUUUAUAUAGUGUACAAAAGGAAUAAAAGACUCGUUUUUUCGACAACACGUCCAUUGCACGGGUUAAAAAAAAAUUGGUUUUCCGAAACAGCUCUGUAAAAUGCGAAGCAGUUACGACGCAUGCGUGCCUGAUAUUAAAGAUAGAAGAUAUUUUUCAAUACCAUCUUUAUAAAGAGACUAUGUAAUUAUAUGUAAUAGAAAUAACAUACGAUUAAUAAAUUAAUAGUUGUAAAAGAUUGAUAACUUUCAUAAUGGGAAUCUAUUGUUUCUGUUGUAAUUGUUACCGGCUAAAUCACCUGUUGUCUUGUAAAAUAUUCAUAGCGAAAGUUGGAAGCGAAUUCAAAUCUAAUAAAUUAUAAAGUUUUAUAUAAAUGCAUCGCCUUUGCUCAUAAUAUUUGUCAAUGUAUUUAGUAACCGAUUCUAAUAAGGUUACACUGUUAUAAUAAGAGUGAUGUCUGGAAACUGCCUAAACAAAAAUCAGGAGAACUAGUAUACAUGCAACCUGGAACCAAAAAUAUUACCACCACUAACUAUUCGCUAAGAGUUGAUUACAGUUGUUGCGAUCAUCAGUGCUGGAUUAAGGAAAGUUGAUGUCCUAAGCAAUUUCCCCCAUCUUACCUUCUUAUCUUACAAAGAAGUAAAGAAAAAAACAUCCAGAUUUUCAAAUUGCAUAAAUUUUCGUGUGCUUAUUUUAUACUCGGUCAAUUCUGGUGCCCCCCUAGACGGGAUACCCUAAGAAAUUGCUUAAAUAGCUUAUAGGCUAAUCCAGGACUGGCGAUCAUGAAACACAUUGAAUUUUUUUUAUUAAGAAUUGCCUUGGAUUCAGGAUCAUGUAUCUGGUCCUCAUUUCUGAAUUUUAGUCUUCCAAAGAACACUUAUUAAUUAUUAUUAUUGUUGAUCCACAACACAAGGAUGUUGUUGUCAUUCGUAAAACAUUUUUGCUUUACAUUAAUCGGCGAUUGUCUUCAUAUAUUGAAUAAAUCAAUAUUCGAUAUCCUUCAAUUAAUUGUAUCGAUGUUCGUAUGUCAAUUUUGUUAUCAUUUAUUACAUCUCAUUCUCAAGUCUUUCUUUUUAGUAUGUCUCGUGAGUAACACCAAUAUUUUGGUAAAGAAAAUAAUCAACGAAAAAUAUUCCUAAUAAAAGAUAUAUUGCAUAUUUUGAUAAAUGGACAUUAAAUUGUUGAAUUGGGCUUAUCGAAUAUUAUUACUCAUACGCAAAUCAUCUAUAUUAUAUAGAAAUCUUAGGAUAAUGCAAACAUCUCGGUGUAAUAGUUUGUACCCCAUUUUAAUGUUCGUAUCAUUAAGGUCGUAUUUGAUAUUAAAACUAAAAAGCUUCAAUAAAAAUCUUUAAAAUAUCGACCCUCAUUAUUAAUGUUUCUUUUUCAAAGUAAUGUUUUAUAUUAUAUUUUACAUUAGGCUGCUAUUCGGAUAUAUUAUUGUAAGGUUUAUUGUAAUUUCAGAACUAUUAGACAUUAUAUUGAGAAAUCAUAUUGUAAGAACUUGAUAAAAUUUUAAAUAAUGAUGUUUGGUCAGAUGAUUGGAAAUGUUAUGUAUAAUUUGAAAUUCUAUGUAAUAUGAUCAAAGUAAUCAUUAUAUAUGCAAUAGGAGAUUUCAGUUCCGUAUCACAGAGUAAAAAAAAAUUAAAGACUACAAAAUAAUAGGGUCCAAUAUUUCCAUCCAAUGCUACAGCAGAUUUGCGAGUUGGACUGUUUUAGGUAUGUGAUAAUAAUAUGUCGAGGUUUAUUUGUUACUGUCUACUUAGGGUUCAUUUACACGAGGGGCAUCUCUACCGACGACUGCAGUCGACUCUCGGCGGCGGUCGAUGGCGGUCGCCGACUGAAGUCGACUGCCAUUGGCUACCGCCGAGACGUCGCUGACUGCAGUCGUCGGUAGCAGUUGCCGCUCUUGUGAAUGAUCACUUACUCUGUGACCAGGGACUCGCGAGUACAUGUCGCAAUGAAUCGAUGAAACAUUGAUGGGUACGGGAAUCUUUGUUUCAAAGGGAAAACAUAAUUAGUACACCCGACCGUUUGUAAUGUUCACUUUACAAUCCAGCGAAAUUAAUUUUCUGUAUAUUUUUUAAAUACUAUAAUGUAAUUCAGACAUAGUGUUAUGUGAUUCCUCUGUAGAUGAUAACGUGUGAUAAUAUAUUUAUAGUGAGAUGACAGUCGCUAACACAACGAGGUAGUUAUACUCCCGUACAAAAUUGAUUUUAUUUUUUGUAUAAAAUCGCGCCUCUUGUCUUGGCCUGUCGUCUGCGAAAAGGGGUAUUGUGUAUAUUUUAGAGGUAAAAUUCAGUUUUAGAGGGCUUCAUUGAACCUAAUUAUGUUUUUUCUAAAAAACGAUUACGUGUUUUUUGGCCAGCGGCAGAAAGGAUUAUCGCUAGUGUUUAUUUCUACUAUUGUAAUAUUAGACGCGAAUGUGUUUGACACAUCGUUUACGGUUGGGUAAUGUUUUUCAGCUUUAAGAACUAAGUAUAUGAUAUCGCAGUCUAGAACGGACUCAAACUUCGUUUAAUGUUGAAUAGAACUAACCUAGUCUUAUCGUGAGCCGUAAUCUUUUUUGCGGAUGGCCGUUAAGUCGGUGUUAUUGAGUUCUUCAAAAUGUUAGAUUUAGAGCUCUUUUUGUGUUGCUGUGCAUUUCUACGCAUUGUAUGUAUGUAUGUUUAUAUGUUGUAAAUAGCUAAACAUAUAUUUUUACGACUAGAAUACACAACCAAAGUUGUUAUAAAAAUAUGGUUGAUUAAAUGAUAAUAUUAAUAAGGUCGUUAUGUUUAUCUUUUAGUGGGCAUUCAGCUGCGCACGCAGUUGGGUGGCACACCGAUGUCUCGUCAAAGCCUUUUUACAUAACCGCCCUGAUAUUAGUAAAAACGAAUUUAUUGUUUUGAGGUGAAAAAUUCGAAUAAUUCAAAACAGAUAUAAAAUUAAGCUGUAAACUGAUGAUAGAUACGAGUAGCUUACUGUUUCUGUUCCUAAUAGCUUGCUCCAAAACUUACCACGAUACGGUCGUUGUCAAUUAAUGAAGCCGACAUUUAUGGUACCUCUGAGGUAUUCAGAUUGUAAUAUUUUUAUCCAUCGACAAAAGCAGGCGUUAAGAGUACAUUACUAUUAAGUUGUAUUUUUUUGUACAUUUUAGAUUCGAAAAUAUAAUUAUAUCUAAAUGAUAA